AUGUCUGACCCUAAUGCAACGCUCAUUGAGUGCCGCGUUGAAUACGCCCUUGGAAGUGUCAUUAUAGCUGCAAGAUUCUUCACGAGAUGGAAGACAUUGGGAUGGCGAGGCUUCUACUGGGAUGACUUCUUUGCAUUUUGGUCGUGGGUAUUCUUCACUCUCAUCUACGUUAUGGUGGAGUAUCUCAGUAUAAUGGGUGCACCAAUAGCCAUGACCCAAGAGCAGCGUGAAGCACUCCCACCAGCGAUGCGAAAGUCGAUGCGAGAGGGUGCAAAGGGCAUGUUUGCCUCGUUCUACUUCUUGAUCUUCUUAGUUUGGAGUCUGAAAGGCUCGCUCAUUAUUCUCUUUCUGCGUUUGACGAGAAGUACUAGGCUCUACCAUUAUGUUCAAGCCGUGGGCGCUAUCUCGAUUGCUGCAUGUAUAGCUGCCAUCAUCACUCAAACCACACACUGCUUGCCUUUGAAGAGAAACUGGCAAAUUCUUCCUGACCCAGGCAAAGAGUGCUCAGCUGGCAUUGUGAUUAACAUUGUCAUUGCUGUCGGGAACGUCUUAGUGGAUGCUUUGUUGCUCGUUGUUCCUUUAUGGAUGCUGAAAGAUGCAAAGAUCAGUCUAUGGCGCAAAAUUCGAGUCAUCUUUCUCCUGUCUCUCGGUCUCUUCGUUAUGGGCAUGGCUAUCGCACGCUGCAUUUUGUCCAUCGGCACCUCCGUCCAAGUGGCUCUCUCUUCAGUGUGGGCACAACGCGAAGCCAUCGUGUCCAUAUUCGCAGUGAAUGCACCCGUAAUCAACAGCCUCUUUCGAGCAGAAACAUGGGCAACAAGACACUCUUCGAGCGGCUACGUAUCCAAGGACUCCCACAGGUCGCGGACAAAUACCAGUACGUUGGGAAAGAAGAAAAAGACCGGCUUCGAGAUAUACAAGAUGACGGAUAUCGAGACCAAGAUGACGGACUUUGAGACAAGCAGCAAAGAGAGCACGUCGGAAUUGUUCAAAGAUCCAAUGCUAUCUCCAGUGCCUUCGCAGUGGAGAUGUUCAGCGCGAGGAGCAAGUCGAGAUGGUAACCCCGGACGUAUGGCUUGA